AUGUAUACAGACCCGCCAAGAUCUAUGGAGCGAGUAAGCCGUCGCGACAUUUUCACAUCGCUACCGGCUCGGGUCCAAUGGUUGCAUUCGUUCUUGGAAUUUGGAACUGAUGACGUCCAAGCUUUGAUAUCUGGACAGAAGUAUAUCAAAGCAGUCAUUCCUGCUAUUGUCAACAUAGUGUACAAGAAGCUUCUCAAGUACGACAUCACAGCCCGUGUCUUUACCACAAGGGAUAGCAGAGAUGAAGGCCCAGUUGAAAGCUGGCCCACAGAAGAUAGUGCUCAGAUUGAGCACAGGAAGAUGUUCUUGAGGUGGUACCUCACGAAGCUCAACUCAGACUGCACACGAAUGGACUACUGGGAAUAUCUGGACAAAGUCGGCCUGAUGCAUGUAGGCAGAGGUCGCCAAAACCCUCUACAUGUCGACUAUGUCUUCCUCGGCGCAUGUCUGGGCUUCAUCCAGGACUCACUCUUCGAAGCCAUCCUCUCCCACCCACGCCUCGAGAUGCACCGCAAGAUUGCCAUUGUCAAAGCACUGGGCAAAGUUAUCUGGAUUCAGAACGACCUCAUUGAAAGAUGGCACAAUACCGAUGGCGCCGAGUUCCUCCAAGAGGAAGCCGACGCACUUUUAGGAGAGAUUCAAGAGGAGGACCGCGAGGGAUACCUUCAUGGCAAGAAGGUUCUCGGCGAUGACGGCUCAUCCAUUUACACAACCCGUACUGGGAGCAGUAAGAGCUCUGACAGUGGAAAGACAUCACUGGGCCGCCCCAUCGAAGAAGCAACACACCUCGGCGACGGCAUGAGCAGAUGUCCAUUCAGCGGCAUGGCCCGCACAGUUUCAAAUCCUGCAGAUCUCGAGCGUCAGCGUGCAACCUCGACACGAUCUCCCCGUGUGAAUGGCACAGCGCCUGAUGUUCUUCAACAGUAUCACUCCCCGGGGACUCCUCGUAUUCGCAUAAUUGAUGGCAAAACAGUGCUGAAAGAAAACCUCGAGCCCCUUCCCAAAGUGUUCGAACCUAACAAGUAA